AUGGCAGAGCUUGAACCUGUAGGUCACCAACUUGUCAUUGUGACCUUAGUCUUUGGCAUCGUAGCUUUUGUUACCUUGUCAAUACGCAUAGGAUUCAGGACCCGGAGCAGAAAGUACGAUGUCUCGGAUACUUGCUUGAUCGCAGCUAUGGUGUGCGGCCUCGUUCAGAGUGCCAUUCAAAUCACUCUCGUCGCAGCAUUCGACUACGGAAAAGCAAAAGCCGACAUCCCGGUCGACCUGAGGACCUCCACAUGGCCCGCAAAGCUGGCAUACAUCAACCAAAUCGUCUUCAAGCUUACGACACCUCUCUGCAAGCUGUCACUCUGCUUGUUGUAUCGAACCAUGUGCUCCACAUCGACUGAUCGCAUCAUCCGAAUGACCAGGCUCGCCAUAUGGGGUACUAUCUACCUCAUUGUGGGAGUCUACACCUCAGCCUUCUUAAUCAGCAUCUUCCAAUGCACACCCAUCAGCAAGACCUGGGACAAGAAGGUGAACGGCACCUGUAUCGAUCUGGUAGCGUUCCGCAUGAGCACUGCUGUAUUCAACCUGAUCACCAGUGUGUUAGUCAUCACCAUUCCCAUCCCAACACUCGUUAGGCUCAAGAAACACCGGCCAGAAGUUAAACAACUCAUAGGUCUCAUUCUCCUUGGAUCUGUCCAUACAGGCCUUUCUAUCGCUCGAUUUGUGAUAAUGUUCUACCCUGGCCCACUUACAAAGACUGAGCCUCAGUACACGCAUAUCUUCAACAACGUACUUGCAGUCAUCGAGAUGCACACUGGAAUACUCGUCGCAACCUUAGUAGUCAUGCGCCCGACAUUUCAGGCCAUGUACAAGCUCAUCAACCCCUCGUAUCAACUUCAUGGCGAUGCAAUGUACUAUGGAAAACGGAGCAGUCGAGGAGUGGGCAGCUCGUACCAGAUGCAGUCGCUCAAGGCAAAGAAUAAGAGAAAGGACCAGUUCAGUAUACUUGAGACGACUGAGAUUCGUAUUUUGGAGGAUGUUGCUGAGCCGGGUGUUGGUGAGCAAGUGAGCAACGAUAGAAGGGAGUUUCAGACACACAUUCACGGGAAGGGCUAUGGACAUGUUUGA